AUUAAAGUAUACGAAUAUGCAAUUUUACUCUCCCUUCCAUAUAGUUUAUUGCUAGACAUCGUCACUGACGUAGUGGUUUUUUGUAGUCCGGAGGAGAGAAGAGUCGGAGAGCGAGCUUAGUUCUUCACCGUCCUCACAGUACUCGGUUAUCGUUUCUGUGUCAUAUCGCACCUAUUUCCGGCAACAGACCCCCGUUUUCCAAAAGUUACACCCCCGGCCUUCGCCAUCUUGUCACUUUAACACCACCGCUCACCCCCGUCAGAUAUGCACCGCGCUCUCUAACAGUCGGACCUCUUUUUCCACCCUGGAAAAGCCGGGGCUUACCAGCGGGCUCUUCGUAAUUUCCCGCUAUACUUUACACACGACACUAGUGCGUGAGAGUUCAGCGCAUGACAUACAAUACCCUUGUCAAAAACUGACUAAAAUGGCCAAGAAAGAAAAUGCUGUGAUCUUAAAUUAGGUAUUAUUUAUUUUUUUACUCUAGUCAUAUCAACAAGUAUCGUCGAAAGAAUCUACGGUCUCAAUGAGAGGGGCAAUGGGUGAUAUGCAGCAUUUUUGCCUGCGAUGGAACAAUUACCAGUCUAGUAUAACUUCGGCUUUUGAGAAUUUGAGGGACGAUGAAGACUUUGUAGAUGUCACACUGGCGUGUGACGGAAAAAGCUUGAAAGCUCACAGGGUUGUCCUGUCAGCAUGUAGCCCGUACUUUCGUGAACUCCUAAAGAGUACACCUUGUAAACACCCAGUCAUAGUUCUCCAAGACGUUAUGUUCGAAGAUCUCCAUGCACUAGUCGAGUUCAUUUACCACGGUGAAGUAAAUGUGAGGCAAAGGUCUCUUUCGUCGUUUCUCAAAACUGCGGAGGUGUUGCGAGUCAGUGGCCUCACCCAGCAGUCUGAGGCUGUCUCCAUGGGAUUAGACCGAGGAGGCGGUUUGGCAGAUGGCAGGGGAUCGCCAUACCACCCUAGGAAAUCUGUCCAUAAACAUAGAGAAAGGCCAAACUCGACAAAUGAAUCUAUGGAACACCAGGACAAUGCAAUGCCGAUGAAGCGCCCCAAAACCGAGCCGACUAACAACCAUGGCGAGCGAUCGCCAAGGGAAGACAUGGAAGAACCACCAAUGGACUUUUCGACCUCGGGGAAUAACAACACUAAUUUACGAGACAAGCAUGACGUGUCUCCUCCGGCGAUCAAUAGUGACAUUAAACCGGAGCCGAUAGAAUUGACACCACACAUUCACAAUGAGCGGGAAGACUCCAACGACUCAGGAGGCGAGGUGAUGAGCGAGGGCGGUGGCGUGACGAUCAGCGGUGGCGGAAGCGGGGGAGGUGGCGGAGGAGCCCCUCAGGGUCAUACAAACAUGAUGCAAGACCACGAAGACUCAAUACAGAGUACACACAACUACCUCGAUAGCAAACUAUUUGCGGGAGCAGGGUUCAACUUUAGUAUGGCUGCGGCUUUAGCUGCAGAUUCAUUAGCUGGGUUAAACAAUCAACCUCACGGACUUGGGAGUUCAGACAGCUUGGCAGGAACAUCACAGCAAGUUUUAGCCAUGCCGCCACCACUCAGCGGAGGGAUAAAUGAACCUCAAGACUGUCCAUAUUGCCGUAGAACAUUUUCCUGUUAUUAUUCACUUAAACGUCACUUUCAAGACAAACAUGAACGUUCUGACACAUUAUACGUAUGUGAAUUUUGCCAUCGGCGCUAUAGGACAAAAAAUUCCCUUACAACUCACAAAUCGCUUCAGCACCGAGGCACGUCUGGGAUGCUCAAACGACUCCUUAAGACGACUGCGGCAUAUGGUGGACAACCUCCAUUAUGAAACGAAGGUGGGUCAGGCAUGCAAAGAAAUUUGUCUGACUUCAUAGCUGUAUCACAGCAACAAAGGUGGGUAUAUCCCGCCCUAAAGUAAACCUCACUCUCAUUUUAAUUACCCGCACUUUAAUUGUAUAUGUGUGUGUGUUGACUGUGUAUUCUAUCUUGAAAUCAGAAACAAAAAGUUAAAUGCUCAAAUUUUCCAUCCCAUCUCACAGCCUCUCCAGUCACCCAUUAUUCCGCAAGAGGAGCAUGUCAUCCAUUUCACAAUCCUUAACUGUAAGGCAACAACAACUCUUUUAAGGGGCCCCUUUAAGCAAUUAUUUUUAUAUGUAUUAGAUUCUAACAAGUUUAACAAAUAUAUUUAAAACCAUGCUAGGACCACAGCAUUUUUUUUCAUAGGCCGUUAUCAUGUGCCAGUUUUUAUAUUAUGAAAUAUUCUAAAACAUGCACAUGAACUUUUCAAUAUCAAUUAUGGCACAAUUUUAUUGUACCUGAAAUAUAUAAAAAAAUUGAUUAAAGAAAUAAUAAUAUAGUAUAUUGAUACUUUUUAAGUCUGAAGCUAACUCUGUUUAGAGCUUGAAUUUUGACUUACCUCAAAAAUGGCACUAAAGUGAUAUUUCCAAAAUUUAUUCUUUUUAUAAUAAUUUCAGAAACAAGGAAUAUAUAUUUCUAAUGUUUAGAAUUUGGUUGAAACAAAAUUAGAAGUCUGAUAUUUGGCAUUGGGUAUUUUUCCACACUUUAUUAUAAACAUUCCAUAGUUCAAAUUGCUAGAAUGUACUUGUAAAUUGGUUUUUGUGAUUUAAUCAAAAUUAAUUUGUAAAGCAUGUAAUUAUUAAAUUUUGUAUUCACAGUUAACUAGUCACUUAAUGGUAUUAAUAUAAAAAAAUAUAUAUUAGCAAAAUUUAACUAAACAAAUGAAAAUUAAAUAAUGAAUAUUACAAAUCUGCAAAUGUGGCAUACCUGCUACAAAUACAAAAUGGCAGUAAAAUAAUAACAAAAGCAAAACAAAAAAAUGAAAUCUUCCAUCCAUUUCUAUGAAUGAAGAAUAUUUCAUAGUCACCUAAAAGUACAACUCUUUUCUAAAUGUGGCUUAACCGUCUACCUCAGGUUUUGGAAGAGGAUUUUUGAUAUAGAAGAAAUAUUUAUUCUUGUCUGUUCUUUAGGUUAAUUUUCUGAAGUACAAAUGAGCCAAUAAUAAAAAUAAAUUGUAAAUUAUUAUAUCUGCUCUUCCAGAAUAUAAAAAAUUGAAAUUUAGAAAUCUAGGUGAUUCACAAAAUAUAGAAAAAUAUAAAGAAAAUAAAUAUAUAUGUGUAUUUAAAAAAUGGAUUCAAUGUGCUAUGGUGUAGAACAGGUGUUGUAGAUAAUGAAUCGGAUUAGACAUUCAUGUUACAACUCCAUUUUCAUUAAUUCUCCCAUGCCAUUUGCCUUAAUUAGGAAAAUUAAACGAUUACUCUUUCAUCUUAAAUAAAUAAUAAAUGAAAUACAAAAUAUACAAUAACAUACGGGUUUUCGUAUUUAUUUCUAUGAGCCGUUUACAGUUAUGAAAUUUUAGCUGGAAUACUUUCCUCGAUGUGGAUAAAUUGUGCUUGAGUUGUGUGACAAAGGGAUGUUUUCAAAAUACAUGUAGAACUAAAUAUGCUGUUUAGAGGUAAAUUUAAAUAAUGUUGAGGUGUAGUUUUAAUGUUGUAAAAAGCUCACGGUGUUCUCUAUUUGUUGUCAUUUUUGGACGUAAAUUCUAUUUUAUCGUAUCAUACUUAACAUUUUCAUGUAGUUUUUCAUACGAUUGACUCUAGAUUGUGAACUCUUCUCAGAAAGAUUGACCUUUUUUUUAAUUUAACGUAUAAAUAAUUACAUAUAUAUAUAUUAAUAAAAAGUUCAGUUUUUUAAAGGAAAAGAAUGUUUUUUCAGCUUAGCAAAUAUUACACAAUCUUUCUAAGAAGGCAAUCACUUAAAUUGGAAGUAAAAACUUUAAACAAGUACAAAUAAAGACAAAAUAUUGACGGGAUGUCGUCCCUCCUCCCUGUAACCCCCUGACUUGGCCAAUAUUAUUUCAAAUAUAUACUUGCGGUUGUUAAAUUGUGAUGUGUUAGGUUUUACUUAAGAAAAAAUAAAAAAUAAAAUAUAAUAAUGUGAAUUGGGGUAUUUGUACAUAUCUGUCCAUAGGACUAUUUUGAAAAAAAAACUGUUUUAUUUGAUUGCUUCUUUCAUAAUUUUAUUUAUGUUAAUCGAGGUUGAUGUUGC